GGAGCAUCUUAUGGUCUGGUGCGUCUUAUAGAGCAAAAAAUACGGUACUUCUCUCCUUGGCUCAGGAGUUGCAUAACGCCAUAUCAUCCAACAUAUGUUACUUUGUCUAUCACUUCACCUGCCCAAAUGACACCAUAGGUGGCAAAUACCCAAGUCUUACAGAUAGUUCCCCUUUCUGAGCUCAGAGCCCAGCACCCCAAACCCACAGAUAAGGAUAACAUCAAAGCAAGCCAAUUAGCUUAUAUCAAAGCAAGUGUAUAUAAACAUAUAUGACCUCAUUGCUACAGCAACUGCCAAUUAAUGGUGAGAUUAUUUUGACUAACAAGAUGGCGUUAGCAAAGCUUCUGGAACAGUUCACCUUUGGUUCAACACACCUUGAUGAACAUGCAGCCUGGACCUUUUAACAAGCACGUGUGUCCGAAUGUCCUGAGAAAUGUUUGGUCUGCUUAUAUGCCACCAUUCAAUGUAAAGUUGCCACAGAGACUCUCAUGUUAACAUAAUAGGGUAAUGACAAAAGUGUUUGAAAUAUGAAAACAUGAAAUAUGAAAGUUUCAUCUGAUUGGUAAUGACUCCUCCACACAGGCAAUGUGUGGUGCUUGAUGCUGCAAUUUUCCAAUGAUGGGCAUGCAUGUAUGAAUAAGCUUAUAAGAGAGAGGGUUUGAAAUUAAGAUAUUGUGGCUUUAUAUUAUGGUUUAGGACAGAGAUGGGGAAGCAGGGGCCCUCCUGGUGUUGUUGGACUCCUAACUCCCAGCAGUCCCAGCCAGCAUGGCCAGUCGUUGGGGAUGAUGGUAGUUGUAGACAGGGAAAAAUGGUGGGGGCACUGGUUCCCCAUCGUUGGAUAUUGGAUCAAAAGGAGAUUGCCAGACUUGGUGCAGGACAGGGCUUUUUCACCUGAAGGAAUAACUUGUGUUUAAGUACAACUUCUCACACCGCUACAGCAUUUGGAUGGGAGAAGAAAUUCCAGUUGAAAGUCUUGCUCUGUACAGUAGUUUCUUGGCACCACACUGAACUUUUCCCAGAAAGAAGUAUGUUUUACUGUGUUGAUGGGACCAGAGGAGUGAAUAGUAGAGGUUUGUUUACUCACAUUUUCUGUUCCCUCUAGGAUGAAUGAGGAGACCCGUAAAAUCUUCUCAGAACUGGGUAGCAAGGUUGCCAAAGACCUAGCUUUUCGAGAUAGCUGGGUUUUUGUAGGAGCCAAAGGGGUGCAGAACAAAAGUCCUUUUGAACAGGUGAACACUGUGCAGUGUGCUUGAACACUCUGCCUCCCUAUCCACUCCCUGAUUUGGUUGGAUGCUUCUGCACCAUCACUGUUGCAUCAGCAGAGGGUGCCCUUGGACCUGAGCCCAAAAAGAGAAUGACCCAGUGAAUCCAUGUUUUGUCCAUGCUGGAGAGGGAACGAAGUUCUGCAUGGAAUGAGUCGUUUACAUGACUUUGCCAGCCAGCUGUGCCAUGGGUGGGGCAGCCCUCUUCUUUCUCCACCUGUUGGUGGCUGGUUGGGCUCAGGGAGCGACUGCUGACAGCCCUUACCUUAGUGUGGGGGACGGGACAGCGUUGGAAUUUGACUUCCCUGCACACAGCCGUGGUGUCUUGCUGGUUUCCUGCCGCUAUUCAGGGCCCAACGCUUGGCUGAGCGCGGAAUCUCUAGAACCUACCGUUGUUGCCGUUGAGAACGUCAGCGCUUCCUGGGGAGGAGGUUUUAUGGUUGGGUUUCAGUCCAGCUUAGCUGGCCUAGCUCCGCUGCAGCUGCAGUUGCUGGAGCAGAACCGACUUAUCGAGAAAGCCGAUUUCCAGAUCCGUGUCAGUGCUCCAGAGCCGGUGGCAUCGUCGGGGCUGGGCCACUUCUCUGAGAACCCCAUCCUCUAUGCUCUCCUGCCUCUCAUCUUCCUCAACAAAUGUGCAUUUGGCUGCAAGGUGGAGGUGGAGGUUCUGUGGAACCUGGUGCGCCAACCCCACCCGAUCAUGCUAGGCAUACUAGGCCAGUUUGUCGUCAUGCCGCUGUACGGCUACCUCAUGUCUGUGGCCUUCUCCUUGCCUAAGCCGCUGGCCUUGGGACUGGUCAUUUCUUGCUCCUCACCUGGUGGUGGUGGCGGCUACCUGUACAGUCUGCUGCUGGGUGGCGACGUCACCGUGGCCAUCUCUAUGACCCUCCUGUCCACAAUUGCAGCCACGGGGCUGAUGCCGCUCUCCUCGACGUUCUACGGCUGGUUGCUGGGCGCCCACGAGACUCUCCACAUCCCCUUCCUCAAGAUCUUCAUCACCCUGCUCUUCAUCGCUGUGCCCAUCUCCACUGGCAUGUUGGUCAAGUGCAAGCUGCCUCGCCUCGCCCGCCUCCUGCUGCUCCUGAUCAAGCCGUUCAGCUUCACCCUCAUUAUAGGAGGACUCUUCAUGGCGUACCACAUGGGCGCCUUUAUCCUGGCGAAUGUGCAGGCCCCGAUUGUGCUGGCGGGCGUCACUGUGCCCCUCUUUGGCCUGCUGUUGGGCUACUUGCUAGCUUGGUGCUUAGCGCUGCCUGGGCCACAGCGCCGGACGGUUAGUAUUGAGGUUGGGGUACAGAACAGCCUGCUGGCUCUGGCUGUGCUGCAGCUCUCCUUCCAGCGGGCCCAGGCUGACUUUGCCUCACAGGCUCCUUUCAUCGUGGCCCUGAGCAGCACUUCAGAGAUGUUGUUGCUGGUUUUGGGGAACCUGGCAUACAACAGACUCUGUUCUGCAGGCUCCUGAGUGCUCCUGGGUGAGGGGAGGCAGAUACCAAAGAUGUCAGAACAUUGGCUGUGGCCUGCAAGAAGAGACGGAUACCAUAGGCCUUAGAAGCUGGUCUUGGGGUGCUUUCCCCCAUCCCUGGGGUGUGGAUUCCAAGGCCUCAGCCUCUCAACCUUUCAAGGGGUGGCUUGGGUACCAAAGGGGCCCUUUGAAGUGAGAAGCACACACCUCCCAGAGGCUGCUUGAGUGCUAGGAAUCCACAUCAUCUGGCCUUUUUGUUUUCUUUUUUCUUGUCUACUUGUUUUUCUACACAGCGAGUGGUGCCUCUGGAGCUUAGAGCUAGAGCUGUACUGACUGUGAGGUGGAAGAUGGGGGGUGGAACUGACCCAUUUCUUCUCUCCCAUUCACCAGGGAUACAGGGUUUGAAUAAAACGAAAGAGAUAAUACGUUC